CCAUCCCAAUUAGCUCUACCUUUUGUUUCGAAGAGCCCUAACAUCAGCGAACAUGAAAACCUCCAUGGCUCUUCUGCUCCGUACUCUUCAGAAAACUCGCAUUUCCCCAUGUCAUUCUCCAUUUCUUUCCUCAAGAUCACUAUUUUGUUGGGCUCGAUGUAAAUCUCCGUUACAAUCACAAGACAUCACCACCUCAACUUCACUUCUCCCUUCGCGGCGAUCCUACGCCGCGAUCGCGACGGCGAAUUCUCCCUUCCGGUCCAACAUCCUUCGAAUCAUAAGAAAUGAGAUCGAAUAUCAAUCGGACUAUGCUCCUCCGCAUCAGCCAGCGACUGAAUUCAAAUCGUUUGCUGUUGAGGAUUGUCCCCGUGAACAAUGCAUUGUGAUGAAAGGGAAGUUUGGAGAAGACGAGACAAUCAAAAUGGAAGCAACUAUGUUUGAUGGGUUUAUGACUCUUCCAAGAACCGGUUUAGAUGCUUCAGGGCGCGAUCUCCGUCUCCACAUUAGCUUGCUUGUCGACAUUUCCAAAGCUGAUGGAAGUGAAGACAUCGAGUUCCUCUGCUCCGUCUGGCCUAACCGGAUUGAAAUUCAGAAGCUUUACAUGCUUAGACGCAACAAAAUCACUCGUCAGCCUUACAUGGGACCCAAAUUCGGGAGUUUGAAGUAUGAAUUUCAGACAGCGAUUAAGGAGUUUUUGCGAGUAAGAGGAGUCGACGGGGACCUUUGUUUCUUCUUGCAUGAAUAUAUGAUGAAUAAGGAUAGGAUUGAGCUUAUACAAUGGUUGAGAAAGCUGGAUUCAUUCAUCGCUAAGUAAACAUGAAUAUUUUUGUUGUCUUAUCUUUUUGAUUAUAUUGUUAUCAGUAUAAGUAGAAACAUUGGGUUUAGCUACUUUUGUCUUUAGGUGCAUAAUGCUUACUGUAUUAAUUGGUGCGGCAGUUUUGACUGCUUGUCUGAAAUAAAAACGUAGAAUUGGG